CUUUGAAUCAGGUAGUGAUUUCUUUCAAAGAAGCUUUGGAAGGGGGAAGAGGGAUGAGGGUCCAAGGAGUUCAUCACCAGAACCACCACAUAACAUCAACAAAACCAACACCAGUCUUCCCCAUUACCCUUUAUAAUUGCUCCAAAACCCAUAUCCUGAACAGAGUGAACCACAAGCAAACACAAACGCAAAGGCUAAGGAUUUGUGGAAUCCCGGCAACACUAGGAUCAAUAUCAAGUAAGAGAUUUCCAAGCAUAUCAACAGCAGCAGCAGCUCAGCCAUCACAGCCUCUGGACCUAACAGAAGAUAACAUUAGACAAGUCUUAGCCGAUGCCAGAGACGAAUUUGGUCACCUCUUUGACACUUCAGUUGGCAUGACAGGACAAGUUGAUCUUGCUGAUCUAGAUGGACCCUUUGUGAAGAUCAGUCUCAAAGGCCGGUUUUGGCAUGAACGCAGUCUUGUUCUGGCUAGGCUGGCCAACUAUCUCAAGAAGAGAAUCCCUGAAAUUUUGGAGGUCGAUAUAGAAGAUGAGAAACAAUUGGACGACAGCCCUGCAAACUUUUAGGAUAUAUAAGUAAAAGUGAGAAGCUUACCAAAAACAGCAGGAGCUUGUAAAACGAUCAAUUAACUUGCAAUUUGGUUCCCCAAGCAAGACACUAGAAAGCUAGCCCUGUAGGCAGAAAUUGUUUAUAGACGUCUUUUAUGUGGAACAUGUCUUCUCAAUUUUUGAAGUAGAGUACUACUAUAUGUCGAUGAAAUUAUGACUUUGAACACAUUACAUAUAUAUGAGUUUCACCAGGCGGCAACUCUUUACAUGCCCAUC